AUGGCUUCCACCGAUAAGGGUCUCGAGGAGAUCCCAGAGGGACAGAUCGAGUCCAACUACGAUGAGACCGUCGACUCUUUCGAUACCAUGGACCUCAAGCCCGAGCUCCUCCGUGGUGUCUACGCCUACGGUUUCGAGCGCCCAUCUGCUAUCCAGCAGCGCGCCAUCAUGCCAGUCAUCAAGGGACACGAUGUGAUUGCCCAGGCCCAGUCCGGUACCGGAAAGACCGCCACCUUCUCCAUCUCCGUUCUCCAGAAGUUGGACCCCAACAUCAAGCAGUGCCAGGCCCUCAUCCUUGCACCAACCCGUGAGUUGGCCCAGCAGAUCCAGAAGGUCGUUGUCGCCAUCGGUGACUUCAUGAACAUCGAGUGCCACGCCUGUAUCGGUGGUACCUCCGUCCGUGAUGACAUGAAGGCUCUCCAGGAGGGUCCUCAAAUCGUUGUCGGUACCCCCGGUCGUGUCCACGACAUGAUCCAGCGCCGUUUCCUCAAGACCGACUCCAUGAAGAUGUUCGUUCUUGAUGAGGCCGAUGAGAUGUUGUCGCGCGGUUUCACCGAGCAGAUCUACGAUAUCUUCCAGCUCCUUCCUCAAUCCACCCAGGUCGUUCUCCUGUCCGCCACCAUGCCCCAGGACGUCCUUGAGGUCACCACCAAGUUCAUGCGCGACCCCGUCCGUAUCUUGGUCAAGAAGGCCGAGCUUACCCUUGAGGGUAUCAAGCAGUUCUACAUCGCGGUUGAGAAGGAGGACUGGAAGCUCGACACCCUGUCGGAUCUCUACGAGACCGUCACCAUCACCCAGGCUGUCAUCUUCUGCAACACCCGUCGCAAGGUCGACUGGCUUACCGACAAGCUCACUGCCCGUGAUUUCACCGUCUCUGCCAUGCACGGAGAUAUGGACCAGGGUCAGCGUGACCUGAUUAUGAAGGAGUUCCGUUCCGGAUCUUCCCGUGUCCUGAUCGCCACCGACCUUUUGGCCCGUGGUAUCGAUGUCCAGCAAGUUUCCCUGGUCAUCAACUACGAUCUGCCCGCCAACCGUGAGAACUACAUUCACAGAAUCGGUCGUGGUGGACGUUUCGGACGUAAGGGUGUUGCCAUCAACUUCGUCACCGCUGAUGAUGUCCGCAUGAUGAGAGAGAUUGAGCAGUUCUACAGCACCCAAAUCGAGGAGAUGCCAAUGAACGUUGCCGACCUCAUCUAA